CCUCUCCCGUUUCCCCUCGAGUCGGACACCUUCAAAAGUACACGUUGAGACUUGUCAUUGGUGCUUAAGAGCAGGAGCCUCCCCAAGUGAAGCAAAAGUGAGGGCUCAUCAAUCGUGGCCAUGUGACAGAGCACGUGGGAAGGUUACAGUGAAGCAGCGUUCGAAGAACUACCUGCUUCGUGUCCUUAUCCGACUUACCGACAACCUUCCCUUCAUUAAACCACCACAAUGGCCCGAUCAACACUACCUUUCCUCCUCUGGCGUGUCACGACUUCCCACACGGCCGGCGCAUCCUCCGACAACCCAGGUGCCCUCAUUCCUACCUCGACGGACAUUCCAUCUACGAUUCAAGCCCUCGCCACUCUCCUCCACGCGGCGCUCCUGGGCCGAAAUCUCCCAGACAACAACCCCUUCGUCUUCUUCACCUCUUCCCUCCUCUACGCGCUCGUCUACGCCGCUUUUCGCGCUGCGAGAGGGAAGACGGAUGUCACCAUUACCGUCUUCGAUCCUCGACAGACGGCUACAUCGCCCAAUGGAACGAGGCAAGUACAAUUCCAUCGCGUCGUCGAUUUAAUGGACGAAUGGGGCGUGGUGAUCAACAACAAACGCGAUGGGUCGAGAAGGACAUACGAGAGCGAGUGGGUUGCUCUGGGAACAGUCUAUCUUGACUCGAAAGGGGGAGCGUGUUGCGUGCAGUGGGAGCGUCUACUCGCGGCCGGGCUUUACGACUUCUACCCCGCGCUUGGAGAGGUGCAGAAGGCGAGUCGUAAAGGGCCGAAGCUGUAUGUUGCACUUUCGAUGCUGAGGGGAUUUGGGUUUGGGGUUGAGAAGGAGGCGGUGGGAUUGAGUGAGGAGAAGAUCGAGUUGGCGGAUAAGCUGGUCUCGCUUUUCGGGGAGUCUGGGGCUCACAGAGGCGGAGCCGAAGAAGAGAGGACGAAGGGGCGGGUACGGGUUUGGUUCCUAUCUUUGGUGAAGAGGAAGAGAUUGGACGAGGUUCUGGUUGGGUGGGUACGGGGUCUUUCUGUUCCCGUGGUGAAGACUAAGCCCAAUGAACGGAAGAAGGAGGUCGUCGUGAUCGAUGAUGACGGGGAUGAUGACCGCAAGGAUUGCAUCCCCAAUGCCAACGGCCAUCUCGGACGUGACAUUAUUGUAAUGGACGACAGCGACGACGACAGCGACGACGACUAUACCGACGCCGACAUUCAAAGCGACUCCAUCGAUCCAAACCCGGAUAACGUACCCGAAGAACAACAAUUCGCCCUCCUGCGUUCCACCCUCUGCACUCACAACCUCAGCUUCUCCACGUUACUCCGUCCAAAGGCGAUAGAAGGCACAAUCAACCCAAAGACCGUCGCAGCAGAGAUUCAAGACUGGAACGCGUGGUUGGCGAAGAACCGCGAAGAGAGAUGUGCAGCCAGAGCUGAGCGUCCCUCUCGUAUGAUCGAUACGAGGCCGAGGAGAAGGGAGGCAAGACGUCCGAGGUAUCAUGGGUCGAGAGACAUGACUAGAGAAAGGGAUGGAGGGAGGGGCAAUCGGGCUCCGCGACCGUUGGCUGGUGGAGGUGCUUCGAGGACGGCAGGAGAGAGAGUGGAGAGGCGACCUCGUCGUCGUUGAGACUUGUUACGGAGACUGAACAAGUCUUCCAUAUGAUCUAUGUACCGUGAUGCGGAUGGGUACAGUCUAGGCCGAUCGCA